AUGGUGAAGAAGCAGCCGGGGGCUGAGAACAUCCGCGUGGUUGUUCGAUGCCGCAAUUUGUUGCCGUAUGAAUCGGAGCGUGGUGAUAAGGCCCUCGUGCGGCUUGACCUUGCGACAAACCAAGUUAUCGUGCAUCAUCCCAUUGGAGAUGCCGACAGUUUUACGUUCGACGCCGUGUAUAACAACACCUACACACAGCGCGAUAUAUUUCUGCAAGAGGUGCAGCCGCUUCUUGAGGCCGUGCUUCAGGGCUACAAUGCAACGGUCUUCGCCUACGGGCAGUCCGGUUCCGGCAAGACGCACACAAUGACAGGUAAGCUGAGUGAACCCCAACUGUGGGGUAUGAUGCCGCAGGUGGUGAAUUUCCUCUUCAAUGAGGUGAAAAAGUUGAGUUGCACUACAAAAACGUUUAAGAUUAAAGUCUCUUACGUGGAGCUGUACAACGGCAAGUCCCGGGAUCUUUUGGCCUCAAAGCAGGUAAACCUCGAAAUAAAACAGAAUAUGUCGAAAAAUUUUUACGUAAAAGGCGCCGAGAUGCCGGAGGUGACAAAUUUUGAUGAGGCGAUUCGCUGGUUUAACGCUGGCACGGUCCGUCGCCAGACCGCCUCUACGGAUUUGAAUGAUACGAGCAGCCGUUCUCACUCACUAUUCACCCUUCAGGUGGAGCAGUUUGAUUUUGAGCAGGACCCAAGCUCUCCUAUUGUUCUCACCAGCAAAAUCAACCUUGUGGAUCUGGCGGGGUCGGAGAAGUUGAGUAAGACGAACGCCACGGGUGAGACGGCGAAGGAGGGGUGCAAUAUCAACCUUUCCCUUUCAGCGCUCGCAACAGUCAUUGAUACCAUUGUGAAGGGUGGGAAGCAUAUUCCCUACCGGGGCUCGCCACUGACGAUGCUGCUUAAGGAUUCCCUCGGUGGUAAUGCCAAGACUGUUAUGUUUGCCAACAUUGGGCCAUCCGAGAAGAACAUUUCGGAGACCAUCUCAACCCUUCGCUUUGCCCUGCGAGCGAAGCAGAUUGAGAACAAGCCGGUCAAAAACAUGGAUCCAAAGGAUGCUCGCAUUCAGGACUUGUUGGAUACAAUUGAAGAGCUAAAGAGCCGAUUGGGGAAUGUCGACCUCAACCAGGAGGACCAGCUUCGACAGCGCAUCGAAGAGCUGGAGAUUGAAAAUUCCGAUCUUCGCGGCGGUGGUGAGAAGAACAAUCUCGAGCUUGAAGAAAGCGUCCGUGUCCUUCAGGCCCAGCUGGAGGAGGCAAAUCGGAUUUCUGCCGAGAAGCAAAAAGAAGUGGACAAAGGGGUAGAUGCCCGCGUGCUUCUGGAGUGGAACCUCCAAAAUGAGGCGGGGCAUGGGAAGGAGCUUCGGUCGCUGGCAAUGAACUUUAUUAAACGGGUAUGCCAGGAGGAGCAACUGCAGGAAAUUCGUCGUAAAAUGCCACAGGAUGGCUCGUACAAUACGACAGCUGACGGUUGGGAUGUGAAGGAAAUUGAUUUCUACUUGAAUGAGUUUGCUUCCAUGUACGAGGCCUGGAGGCAGUCGACGUACACGCGAGAAGAUUUAGAAAAAUACGCCCAAGCUUCUGUUAGCGGUGUUCUGGAGCAAACACAGCGGCACCUUGAUGAGGUCACCCGUGCCCGUGAUGAGUUGCUGCGCCUGCGGCAAGAGGACUCCGCAAAACGUGCGGCGGACAAUGAAACGCUUUCUCAGUUAAGGGUCGAUUUAAACACGCUUAAGGAUGAGAACAGCAGGCUGCGGGAAAAGAUCGAAAGAGACCAGGAGCGAAUGAAGGCGAAAUUGACCAAAAACAAAGACGAAUACAAGUCUUUGGCCGACGAACUAGAACGAUCCAAGGCAGUGUUGACGGAAAGGGAACGCGACAUCGAGCGGCUCAAGCGGAUGUUAGAGGAGAGUGGCAACAAUGCCUUCUUUGCGGCUUCCACAAGUGGGGGAUCGCCGUGGGCUGGCGUUGAUGAGCGAACUGCGAUGCUCCAGCAGCUGGAUGAGGAAAAACGUAUCAGGAAGGCCUUGGAGUCACGCAUCCGAGAAGUGAAUGUCUCGCUUCGUCGCUACGGGGUUUGCAUCGCCGAGGCCGGAGAGGUGGCUGCCGGGUCCCAAGAGGCUGCUGAGCGCACCGACGCGCUUAUGCUUGCGGCAGUCGAGGAAAAAGACACCCUUGAUGGGGAUCUCUGUGCCAAGUUUCAGCAGCAAGUUCGCGUCAAACAAAGACUCACGGAACUUCGCCAUCAGCACCAGCGUAAAUUGGAAGAUAUGCUAAGGAAGUACGAGCUUCUCAAAACUGGGAAAACUACUGCCAACGGCGGCGGCGGUGACAGUGCGUUGCAUUCAGGCUUUGCAGAUGACGCACUCGCACAACAGAUAAAGGAAUUGCUGCAGCGAAAGGACGAGGAGAUUGAACGCGUGAUACAAGACAAGGAGAAGACAUGUGAUAAAAUUGUGAAGAAGCUUAACAAGUCGGAGAUGAAAAUCAAAGAGUUAGAGGCGACUCUCGAGGAGGAGCGGGCACAGAUUACUGAUGAGCGUCAGGAGUUAGGUGCCGAGAAUCAUGAGCUUCAAAAGUACAAUCAGCAGCUCUCGGUGGAGGUGGAAACACUACGAGGACAACUGAGCGUGGUGAAGGAGGAGAUGGACUCCAUGGACCGCGCAAAGAGUGCUGAGAUUGAGCAGUGGAAAGAGGUUGCAGAAAACGGCGCCGAGCGCCUUGAGGAGAUGCGCUUUAAGCUGGCUGCAUACACUGAGCUUCAGAAGAGUUACGAUCGGCUACAGGAGCAGCUUCAGCGCACCGAAGUUUCACUAAAGGAAAAAAUUGACAAUCUCGAGAACACCAGACAAAUGGUGAAGUGGUCUAACUCCCUUCUUGCCACGGAGAAGCAGAAGCUGGAGCAGAUGGAGAUGGUGGUGAAGCAGCAGGAGAUUGAGAUGCGCCGUCGUGAGGAAUACCUAAAAAGUGAAAUGAUGGAUGACAUUAACAAACAAGUGGCUGCAAACAAUCGUCGUUUGCAGGAGCAGGCUGCACAGUAUCAAGAGCUUAUAUCCCAAGAGCAGGAUAAGCAAAAAGCAAUUAUGAAAAAGGUAAAGAGUGCAAGGAAAGAAACACAAAAGGCGGCCCAACGGUAUGAUGAGAUGAUUUUGGAAAACGAGGCUCUACUGUCAAAGCUGGAGGAGCUAAAGGUAAAUUCCAUGCGGAUCUUUCUGGAGAAGCAGGAGGCCCAAAGGGAAUUGGAGGCAUUACGUCCCACGCGGCACUUCGGUACUCGACGUCUCUGA